UUGACGUCACGUGCUCUAGGAGCCCGGCUAAUGGGGAGGUAUCGUACAAGUUGACGUCCAAAACUGAAGUAUUCCUGUUUUUCUGUUGCUGUUUUCUCCUCAAACUGCGGUCAAACUUUGCUUAGAUCAUCAUGUCACAUCAGACUGGUAUCCAAGCUAAUGAUGAUCUCAAAGCAACAUUUGCCGAUUCUAAAGAAGGGAACAUGAGAAUUAUCAAAAUAGACAUUAUCGAUGAACAACUUAAACCAGUGCAAGUUCUGGAACCACAAAAAGAUUGGGAKGCAGAUUUUGAUAUGAUCCCACCAUUACUAGAGGCCAAGAAGUCCUGCUAUAUUCUUUAUCGAUUAGACACUAAAAACAACCAGGGCUACGAAUGGUUGUUCAUUGUUUAUAGUCCUGAUUUUGCACCAGUACGAGAUAAGAUGUUGUUUGCCGGGACUAAAGCAACACUCAAGAAAGAGUUUGGAGGUGGUCAUGUUAAAGAUGAACUUUUUGGAACAGAGCAAGGAGAUAUAACCCUUGAUUCUUAUCUAAAGCAACUUGAGGCUGCUCAUGCACCUCCCCCACUAACCUCUGAGGAGAAAGAAUUACAAGAUGUCAAACARCAAGAGGGCGAAAGGACUCAUAUUAGUGCGACCACCAAACAACAGCACAUGACUGGUAUUCAGUUUCCUGUCAGUGUCCAAGGAGUAGAGAGUUUACAAAGACUAAAGGAUAAGCAAAUUCAAUAUGUUCAGUUGGAAUUGAAUAUUGAAGGUGAAACGAUAGAGUUGUGCAGGGAGGACGAGUGUUUAGCCCCAGAGGACAUUGCAGGCGUUACACCAACUGAAAAGGCUCGAUUUCACUUCUACCUGUUCAAGCAUACACACGAGGGAGACUACAUGGAAACAAUAUUGUUUGUUUAUUCCAUGCCUGGCUAUUCGUGCAACAUCAAGGAGAGAAUGCUGUACUCRUCUUGUAAAGGACCUUUGGUUUCCUUUGCUGAAACAGAAAUUGGAAUGGAAAUACCGAAAAAGAUUGAAAUUUCUGAUAGUUCCGAAAUGAAUGAAGGUUUUUUUCAAGACGAACUUCACCCGAAGAAAAAUCUUCAUAGGCCUAAAUUCGCCAAGCCUAAAGCACCCCCCGGAAGAGGAGCAAGAAGAAUAACAAAACCCAAAAAGGGCGAAGAUGAAGAGGGUGGGGACUAGCAAUUUUCUACUGCAAAUUAAUAGACGUCUCAGUGUAAAAAUUGAUUAAUUUGUGAAUCGUUUAAACAUGGUAGCAAUUAAAGAAAGGUGAAUUAUAAAAUCCUGCACAAUAUAGAAUAAAAAAUCUUUAUAAUAGUUUUGUAA